AGCUUACUGGAUUGCGUCCUAGCCUCCUUCCAGCUCGCCGAACCACGCAACAGACCAAGAACUCAGGUUCGGGGCGAACGCGGCAACGUAAUUCGCAUUGUCGGUCCGUUGCAGGAGCAGCAACAACAGCAGCAGCUGAUUGUUCUUCCACAUCAAACGGUCAAGAUUUCGCGAGGCAAAGAUCCGGAUGGCUGAACGGCCGCGCGUGCCUGAUUUGCGCUGCACAGGGCUGCGUAUCGUGCGUCGGCGUAGCUCCACGUGUCACCCUCCCUUCACCAGGAUGUCGUAGGCGUUACUCCCGCAGACGCGUUCUCGCGCGAGGAUCCCAAGGGUCCGCAGGAGAGAGAUUCUUAGAGUCGGAGCCGGGAGGGUCGGGGGAAAGCGGUGUAGCAGGCGGUAGUAGCACCAGCGCCAGCAGUAGCAGCAGCAGCAGCUGCGGAGAUUCAGUCAUUGCGGAUUCAAAUAGUAGUAAUGAUGGGGAGACGGAAGGGAAUGGUCGAGUCAGCAGUAGCAGGGCAAAUGCUAGCAGCAGUGGCGUCACUGGAAACUCAGGCAGUGGAAUAGGGAACUCGAAUGGGAUGGGUAACAGUAACGGAAACGGCGCUGUAGCCUCGUUCGGCACUGCAGGGUACCCAGGCGGCGCAGGUGGCGAUUCGUCUUUUACCAUUGCUGCGUCUGUUGAGGCACCUCCGGCGGUUACUCCUGAUACUUUAUGGGAGGAGCUGCUGCCGUGCAUCACGUACCUCUCCCCCACGCAACUUCAAGUCGUCCGCCACGCCUUGAGACUGGCAUACAGGGCUCAUGAUGGGCAGAAGAGGAAGAGUGGAGAGCCGUACAUCAUUCACCCCGUGGAGGUCGCCCGGAUACUGGGGCAACUGGAGAUGGACUGGGAGACGGUGGUGGCGGGGUUGCUGCACGACACGGUGGAGGACACGGACGUGGUGUCCUUCGAGCAGAUCGAGGCCUCGUACGGGCCGGCUGUGAGGCGAAUUGUGGAGGGUGAAACCAAGGUGUCGAAGCUGGGCAAGGUGAAGGAUGGCAGCAAGGCAGACGUGAAGGCAGACGAUCUGCGCCAGAUGUUCCUCGCCAUGACGGAAGAGGUCCGUGUGAUUAUAGUGAAGCUGGCGGACAGGCUACACAACAUGCGCACACUCACCCACAUGCAGCCCCACAAGCAGAAGUACAUCGCCAUGGAGACCCUCAGUGUCUUCGCUCCCCUCGCUCGCCUGCUCGGAAUGUACCACAUCAAGACGGAGCUGGAGGACCUCUCAUUCCGGUAUGCGUACCCCGAGGAGUAUCUGGAUGUGUCUGAGCGCAUGCUGCACCUCUGCACGCAGCAACAAACUGCUCUGGAUGAGGCACGUGUGAUGCUAGAGGAAGCGAUGCAAAAGGACAAGUUUCUGGAUCUCAUGACUUCAGGGGCGAGGGUGGAGACUCGGUGCAAAGAACCGUACAGCAUAUUCAAGAAGGUGGUGGAAACAGGCGCCAAGGUGGAGGAGAUUCACGAGAUCUCGCAGAUCCGUGUGGUUCUCUCCAUGGAUGAUGCGGAUGAUCAGCCCGAUAGCAGCUCACGGAACAUCGCGCAGCAGGUGUCCUACCAUGUGUUGGGUCUCGUGCACGCCCUUUGGCGGCCUCUCCCAGGCACGGUGAAGGACUACAUAGCAACGCCGAAGCCGAACGGGUAUCAGAGCCUGCACACCACGGUGCUGCCGCUGGGAGCAUCCUCUCUCUUCCCCGUGGAGGUGCAGAUCCGCACCGACCACAUGGACAAGCUCGCCGAGUGGGGUAUCGCUGCUCACCACACCGGCCGCCACCCCCACCUGCUGCUGCACGGCGAGCAGCAGGAGGGGCAGGCGCAGCAAGGGCGGAAGGGGAGGCAGGAGGGGCAGGGGCAGGUGAAGCAGCUAGCUGAUGGGUCGGAGGAUCUAGCUGGGUUGCUGCUUCCAGGCUUGGAUUACUCAACCACAGAUGAUUCUGAGGGGGAUAGCGACAGCUCAGGUAGUGACGACGAGCCGGGCCGUCCUCCUGCUGCCUCUACCAUCAGCAGCGUUGCGGUGUGUGGGGGGGUGACUGAGGGGGUGACUGAGACGCAGAGCAGCUGGAGCAACGACGCUGACGUGGCACGGCGGGUGAGCUGGCUGAACUCGAUUCGCGAGUGGCAGGAGGAGUUUGUGGGGGCGAUCAGCGCGCGGGAGUUUGUGGAUACGGUCACGUGCGACCUGUUUGGGUCGCGGAUCUUUGUGUUCACGCCCAAGGGGGAGGUGAAGAACCUCCCCAAGGGCGCCACUGUGAUUGACUACGCGUACCACAUCCACACUGACGUGGGCAACCGAAUGGUGGCCGCCAAGGUGAGAAGAGAUUCGUGCAAUUUGACGGGUGACAUGGGUGAUGGCAUGGGUGAUGGCAUGGAUGAUGGCAUGGGUGAUGGCAUGGGUGAUGGCAUGGGUGAUGGCAUGGGUGAUGGCAUGGAUGAUGGCAUGGGUGAUGGCAUGGAUGAUGGCAUGGGUGAUGGCAUGGAUGAUGGCAUGGGUGAUGGCAUGGGUGAUGGCAUGGAUGAUGGCAUGGAUGAUGGCAUGGGUGAUGGCAUGGGUGAUGGCAUGGAUGAUGGCUUGGGUGAUGGCAUGGAUGAUGGCAUGGGUGAUGGCAUGGAUGAUGGCAUGGGUGAUGGCAUGGGUGAUGGCAUGGGUGAUGGCAUGGGUGAUGGCAUGGAUGAUGGCAUGGGUGAUGGUAUGGGUGAUGGCAUGGGUGAUGGUAUGGGUGAUGGUAUGGGUGAUGGUAUGGGUGAUGGCAUGGGUGAUGGUGUGGGUGAUGGUAUGGGUGAUGGUAUGGGUGAUGGCAUGGGUGAUGGCAUGGAUGAUGGCAUGGGUGAUGGCAUGGAUGAUGGCAUGGGUGAUGGCAUGGAUGAUGGCAUGGGUGAUGGUAUGGGUGAUGGUAUGGGUGAUGGUAUGGGUGAUGGCAUGGGUGAUGGUAUGGGUGAUGGUAUGGGUGAUGGUAUGGGUGAUGGCAUGGGUGAUGGCAUGGAUGAUGGCAUGGAUGAUGGCAUGGGUGAUGGUAUGGGUGAUGGCAUGGGUGAUGGUAUGGGUGAUGGUAUGGGUGAUGGUAUGGGUGAUGGCAUGGGUGAUGGUGUGGGUGAUGGUAUGGGUGAUGGUAUGGGUGAUGGCAUGGGUGAUGGCAUGGAUGAUGGCAUGGGUGAUGGCAUGGAUGAUGGCAUGGGUGAUGGUAUGGGUGAUGGCAUGGGUGAUGGUAUGGGUGAUGGUAUGGGUGAUGGUAUGGGUGAUGGCAUGGGUGAUGGUAUGGGUGAUGGUAUGGAUGAUGGCAUGGGUGAUGGUGAAUGGAAACUUCCUCGCCUGUCUGUGCUUCGCUUGCCUCUCCCACUCCCAUCAUCCCCGCUUUCGCUUUCUUUCCGCAGGGCGGGUCGGGUGGCUCCCACUCCCAAUAAAGGGAGGCAGGGGCGAUCGGCAGUGGGAGAGGGAGAAGCAGGUACAGGGUCUAGAAAAGGGCGCUCAGGCGAAGUGGGGAGGAGCAUAGAUGGUACCGUGAGCGGGAGAGAGGUGGGAUUAGGAAGGGUUGAACCGGGGGAGGUGGGAUCUGAGACAGGGUUGGCUGGAAGAGGGUAUCCUGCUGGUGAAAGCAGCUCAGAGGGUUUGCGGUUUUCUGAUGACGGGGCUGCUGCUGAUGUGGCAUCCGCACGGCUGGCGGCGGGCGAUGCUGACGUGUCGCUGGCUAGUGCUGAUGUGGAGCUGUUGGAAGGCAGGACCAGAGAUGACGUGGACGGGAGUGGUGGUGCCGGGGUAGGGAGCAGAGAGGAGGGGGUAGAUGAGCUAGUAUCACGGCUAUUAGAGGGGGUGACAGGAGAAGCAAGGCUGGAUGGAAGUGGGGGUGGUGGAGAGGCGAGUGUGGUGGGAAGAGAGAAUGGAGAGAAGGGAGGGAGGGCGUCGGAAGGAGGGGGGGCGUGUGUGGAUGCGUUUGCGGAGUUUGAGGAGUGGCAGACGCAGACCGUUGCCAUGUGGCAGUUCCUGAGUGGCCGCAGAAAGGUGGUGCUGUGGCUGGCCGUGCAGUGCUACGACCGCACAGGGAUGCUGGCGGAAGUUUCCAAGAUAGUGACCGAUUCUGGCCUGCUCAUCUGCACACAUGCGGGGCGCACCAACCAGGAGGCGGGCACAGGAGUUAUGUUAUUCGAGGUUGACGGACUGGACCCUGAUUUUGUAAGUGCAACGCACACACUCCAUCUGCUUUCCCCACCGCCUCCUCACCAAUAUCUCCUCCCUCCUCAACCCACACUCUCUCCCCUCUCCUCUUUCUACCUUAUGACUGAUCCAUCUCGCUCUCCUCAGCUCACUGAAUGA